AUGGCUACGCCUGCCCCAACACCACCUCUUCCUCCUCUGCCGGUACUCCGACCACGAUCUCUUCCUCCUCCCUCUCGAAUAUCUCGACCACCACAUCUUCCUCCUCUGCCUUUACCUGGACCACGACGUCCUCAGUUGUUUGUCAGUUUCCGAGGAAAUGAACUGCUCAAUGGCUUCGUGAGCCAUGUGGUGAAGGCCUUGAGAGUAGCAGGGGUAAACAUUUUCAUAGAUAGCUACGAUUUUGCGGAAUCUGGUGUUUAA